AUGAGAAGUGUGUUGGAGCGGAUGCAGUUGUUUGCGGAAGAUUUGGUUACGAGGGAGGUGCAGAAUAGGGGUCAUUGGGUACAUUUUGAGGCGAAGGAUGAGGUGAAUGGGUUUUUAGAUGAUGAUUACGAGGGGAAAUUAAGCUAUGGGACUUGUAAGGCUUUAUGA